AUGCGUCUUUUGCGACGCAAAAGCAAGCGCGAAUUCAGCUUGACCAAGGACCUGAUCGACGAUAUCCCGCGUUAUGCGAUACUUUCGCAUACUUGGGGAGAUGAUGAUGAAGAGGUCACCUUCAUAGACUUGGCAGAAAGUUCUAGGGAUAUUAAGGCAGGAUAUCAAAAGAUCCAGUUCUGCGCAGACCAAGCCGCUCGUGAUAGUCUGGAAUAUUUCUGGGUGGACACUUGUUGCAUCGACAAAUCGAACAACACCGAGCUCUCAGAGGCUAUUAACUCCAUGUUUCGCUGGUAUCGCAAUGCGGCUAAAUGCUACGUAUAUCUGUCAGAUGUUUCGACAAAUAAACACAAUCAGAACAACCUGUCCCCCCAGCCAUGGGAAGCGGCCUUUCGGAAGAGCAGAUGGUUCACCCGAGGCUGGACACUACAAGAGCUUAUUGCUCCACCAUCGGUUGAAUUCUUUUCCCGAGAGGGCAAGCGAAUCGGUGAUAAGAAGUCGUUGGGCCAAAUAAUCCACGAGGUAACAGGAUUGGCUGUCCAGGCGCUUGAAGGGAGUACUCUGUUUGAAUACAGCGUUACUGAGCGAUUAUCAUGGGCAAAAAAGCGUGAAACUAAGCGCGAAGAAGACAAGGCUUACUCUCUGCUAGGCAUUUUCGACAUACAUAUGCCACUUAUUUAUGGCGAGGGAAUGAAUAAUGCGUUUCGCCGGCUUCGAGAAGAGAUCGAUAAGUGUUCAAGCAUCGAUCGUUCAAGGCUGCUUUCGUCUGGAAUCUCCACACAUAGUAGUAAGUCCACAAUAUGGAUUUCUUCGCAUUAG